GCAGCUCCAAGUAGAAUUUCAGUAAUUUAAAACUACAGUAUGUAACUUUUCAAAAAAUAAAAGUUUUUACUUAUAUUUAACGUGAGACAAUCUGAAAAAAAUCAAGUUCCUUCUGCAGUCUAAACAAAUGCAUACCUCUGUCAGAAACAACCAAUCAGAGCCAGUGCUGUCAAUCAAGCUCGUGGACACGCUGCUCAUGCUCUCCCCUUUGCCCUCAUCACUACAGAGCUCAGGCUCGUGCACAUGGCCACCAAAGAUGGCAGAUAAACGUUUUUUCUGGAUGGGUAAGUUGUUUCUCUGCCAUUCGUAAAUUUAACGGCGCGUUCACAAGCGUGACUGACGGCUUCCUCCUCACCUUCCUCCUGGCUCUGAUUGGUUGUUUCUGACCAGAUUACCCGACUCAUAUUUUACUGUCACAACAUGGUCACAGUUUUAAGAAAUAUGUAAAAAACAAAAGGAACUUUUUUUCUUGUCUUUUCACACUUCCUUAAAAAGACAAUGUUAAUGUUUGCCUAUCAUCUCCCUCUCUAAAGAUAAUAGGACGUCCAGGUAAUCCAUGGUUGAGAAAUGAGGAAGAAAACAUUAUAAUGGCCUUUUCCAUUUUAAGCUCUCUGUAGGUUCAAACCGCUUCGGUUCUCCAGAACCUGCAGAGCUGCUGGCGCUACAGGAAUGGCCACAGCUCCACCACCAGAUGGUCACCAACCAGUGGUUGUUGCUUUGCCGCAGUAUGUCUGUACUGUACCUCAGCCUAACAUGAUGGUCCAUCAGAGCGCUGUGAACGUCCCAGCCGUGCAGCCCAGCGACGGCAUCAUCUGGUCCCUCGUUUGCUUCGUGUAUGGAAAUCCGUUCUGCCUGGGACUGGCGGCCCUCAUCUUCUCCAUAAAGGCCAGAGACCGGAAGGUGGUCGGAGAUCUGGAGGGAGCCAGACGUCACGGCUCCACCGCUCGCACUCUCAACAUCGUGGCGACCGUCCUGACAUCUGUAGCCACCUUACUGACGGGCAUUGUUCUGCUUGCUUUGGCUUUUCGCUAACUAGCUUUUCUGUUUUACUCUGGUAUCAAACUGAAACCCCAACAGUAGUAGUAGUAAUAGUAGUAGUAGUAAGGUUCAAUACAAUGAGGAAGAACUUUCAUUGUGUAAAGUUUGCUUAUGCACAAUCUGCAAACUAUGUCCUAUCUGAGAUGAAUGGAAAGUUUGUUUCACUGUAUUAAUAAAAAACA